UCGAGACUCAUGAACAAAUCAAGAACUUGUGGGGCGAACUUGUGAAGAAAAGAUGGAUCGCUAUGUCUGCUAAUUAUCUGUAAGUUUGGUUUUGAAAAUUCCUUAUUUUCCACCAUGGAAACUCCUUACCCAAUCCCCAUCUCUCCCACGAAAACUCGCAUUGGAUGGAUCGGUAUAGGUGUGAUGGGCGCCGCCAUGGCCACUCGUCUCCUCGCCGCCGGAUACUCCGUCGCAAUUUACGCUCGUUCACCUUCCAAGGCUCUUGAUUUACAGUCAAAAGGCGCUUCUCUCGUUAAUUCCGCUUCUGAAUUAGCGCAGGUCAGUGAUAUUGUUUUCACAAUGGUGGGUCACCCGUCAGAUGUUCGACAAAAUGUCUUAGAGAAGAAUGGGCUCCUACAAGGACUGAAUCCUGGUGGAGUCAUCGUUGACACCACCAGCAGCCACCCAGCUCUUGCCCGCGAGAUAUUUGCUGCUGCUCGUGCUAAGGGUUGCUGGGCCGUGGAUGCGCCUGUGUCGGGGGGCGACAUUGGCGCUAGAGAUGGGAAGUUGGCCAUUUUUGGGGGUGGUGAUGCAGGGGUAGUGAAGUGGUUGUCACCUCUGUUUGAAGCAUUGGGGAAAGUGACAUACGUGGGUGAAGCAGGGUGUGGACAGAGCUGCAAGAUAGCGAACCAGAUAGCGAUUGGGGGAAACCUGAUGGGGCUGAGUGAAGGGCUGGUGUUCGCUGAGCGGGCGGGGUUGGAUGUGAAGCAGUUUGUGGAAGCUGUGAGGGGUGGGGCUGCAGGGUCAAUGGCAAUGGAGCUGUUUGGUGAGAGGAUGAUAGAGAGGGACUUUAGGCCUGGUGGGUUUGCUGAGUAUAUGGUGAAGGAUUUGGGAAUGGGCGUGGAUGUUGUGGAAGAAGGGGAAGAUGUGGAGAGGCUUGUAGUGUUGCCAGGGGCUGCAUUGGCCAAGCAAUUGUUCUCUGCAAUGGUGGCCAAUGGAGAUGGAAAGUUUGGCACUCAAGGGCUAAUCUCCGUUGUUCAGAGGCUUAAUGGCAAAAUAUAUUCGUGUGGAUCUAAAACAUUGCUCAAUUGUCAUCUGGACUCUAAACAAACCAAGAUCCAUGGCGGUGUCUGUUGAUCAUCUGUAAGUUGCUUUUGAUAAAUCCUUAUUCCACCAUGGAAACCCCUUACCCAGUCCCCAUCUCUCCUUCUAAAACUCGCGUUGGAUGGAUCGGCAUAGGUGUGAUGGGCGCCGCCAUGGCCACUCGUCUCCUCGCCGCCGGAUACUCCCUCACAAUCUACGCUCGUUCCCCUUCCAAGGCUCUUGAUUUACAGUCCAAAGGCGCUUCCCUCGUCAAUUCCCCUUCCGAAUUAGCUCAGACUUGCGACGUUGUUUUCACAAUGGUGGGAAACCCAUCAGAUGUUCGACAAAAUGUCUUAGAGAAGAAUGGGCUCCUACAAGGACUAAAUCCUGGUGGGGUCAUCGUU